AAUCAACCAAUCCAAUGCGUCCACUUAUCACUACCCUUUAUUCUCUCUGGCAAGUACCCGAUUACCAGAAAAAGAACACAACCACUGUCGGCAGAGGCCGAUCUGCACUUCAACAAAUUUUCUCCCAUGCUUUCUUAAACCUUCUUAAUCUGAUCCAAUUCUUGUAAGAAUUUCGCUUACGGAAAAAAUGAAUACUUCACGCAAGAGAAAACGCAUAUUCAGACCAUCAUAUUAUUCAUCACAAUCUUCUACAUAUUUGUUUUCGGUGAGAUCUUUUGUAUUGUCCUUCAGCUUCUUUAUAUUUCUGUAUCUUAUAUCUUAUACGAUUCCUUUUAGUUCUUUGGCUUUUCGACCGGUUUUAGUGAUUUCAAGCUUAGCUUCUUCUAGUUCAAAUAUUGCUAAAAGAAUCCAAGAAUUUGAUGGUUUUAUUACAUUUCCAUGGAAAAUUGAGAACCGGGUAUUGUUCCCUGAUCAUGUUUUGUUGUUGGUGAGUAGUUUAAAGAAAGACGGGUUGAUAAAGAAGAGUGCUAAAGAAUUGGAAUGUGUUUAUUAUGGUAAAACUGUAUUGGAAGGGAAUAGUAAUGGGAGUUCUGGAGAAAGAGAUCCGAGUAUUUUGGUUAAGCAAAAUGUGUUGUCUGUAGAUGAAUAUGAUGAGUGUAGGUCAAUUGUGAGGUGCCCACUUCCAUCUAUGAAUUAUUCAUCUGUGGUAAAUUUGGGAAGAAGAGGUAAAAGUGGAGUCUUGGAGGAAGAUACUGGGUCAUUGAUGAAUAUUCAGACGGUUCAUUCUUGGGAAAAUGUGGUUUAUGCAGCUAGUUUGGAUGGGAAUACUGCUGUGGUGUUUGUGAAGGGAUUGAAUUUGAGGUCGGAUAGAGAAUCCAAUCCGAGGAAAUUUAGUUGCCAUUUCGGGUUGGGGAAUCGGAAAAUUGAUGGGAGAUUUGUGCUGAGGACGAAAGCUUUGACAGCUGCUCAGGAGGUUGUGAGAUGUUCAUUGCCACGAAGUGUACAAGCUAACCCAGACAAGGCAGGAGGAAUACGAGUGACUGUUGGAAUAAUAACCUAUGGUCGUUCUCGAAUUCAAGAACAUGUGCUUGUGCCUUCUGUGGCCAAGAUUUCCAGUUUCAAGUCUGAGGAGAAGAAGAAGAGUGAGGGCAAAUACGUGCUUUGUGCGUGUACAAUGGUGUGGAACCAGGCAUCUGCUCUUCGCGAAUGGAUUAUGUACCAUGCUUGGCUUGGAGUGGAGAGGUGGUUCAUUUACGAUAACAAUAGUGAUGAUGGGAUUGAAGAGGUUAUUCAGGAACUUGAUCUCGAGGGUUACAAUGUCACUAGGCACGUAUGGCCUUGGAUUAAGACGCAAGAAGCAGGUUUUUCACAUUGUGUUUUGAGAGCAAAGGACGAAUGCAAUUGGGUUUCAUUCAUGGAUGUAGAUGAAUUCUUCUACUUUCCGUAUUCAAAACCAAGACACAAAAGAUUCAGGAAAUUUGGUUACGCAGGUCAGAAUUCACUUAGAACCUUAGUAGCAAACAUUUCAUCAUCAUCAAGAAGUAUUGCAGAAAUCAGAACUUCUUGCCACAGCUUUGGACCCUCAGGGCUGAACUCACCACCCUCGCAGGGAGUUACCGGAGGUUACACUUGUCGACUUCAGAGUCCCGAGAGGCACAAAUCGAUUAUUCGACCUGAUGCGCUAGACAAUACACUCCUCAAUGUGGUGCACCAUUUCCACUUGAGGAAGGGAUUUAAGUACCUGAAUUUACAUCAGAGCACUGCAGUAAUCAAUCACUAUAAAUACCAAGUGUGGGAGGUUUUUCGAGCUAAGUUCUACAGACGGGUUGCUACCUACGUCGCUGACUGGCAACAAAACCAAAAUGAAGGUUCUAGAGACCGAGUACCCGGGUUGGGGACGGAGGCCAUUGAACCGCCUGAUUGGCCAAUCAAGUUUUGCGAGGUUUGGGACAACGGGUUGAGAGAUUUUGUUUCGGCCAAUUUGGUUGAUGUUUCAACAGGUAUGUUGCCGUGGGAGAGGCCUUCCUCUCAUAUUAUUUAGGUAUUGGAGAGCAGCUGCUAGUGUAACGUAGAAAUACACACUGAUCAUUCAUUAUUUUUCAUUUUUUGAUUGUUUAAAUUUAUACUUUGUAUCGGAUCCUUUUGUUUUGAGUAAUUCUAUUUGCAAUCAUUUACUGCCGCAAUCGUGGCAUACGACCGUGGCAGUGAACGACUGCAUAUAACAUUAUUCUUUUGUUUUUAUAGCCAAAAGAUGAGAUAGGAAAGGCCAUAGAUUUAAAUAUAGAAAACGUAUGUAAACAUGAUUUGUUCCCCUUU